AUGGUAAAAUGUUGUGGACUACAAUUGAUUUCAGUUUAUUUGAUUGUAAUUCCAAACAUUCCUGUUCAUUUGCUUGAACCUGUAUUCAUUCUGAUGAUACCAGAGCUUUUGCAGGGAUCAGAAAUGAACCAGAUUAGGGAGGAGAAUUUUGAAGAAAAGAUACUUGAUCUAUUUCAAAAGGAAAAUAUUUCAACCAUCGUCCUUGCUGGGAAAGCAGGUAUUGGCAAGACAUGGAUGGCAAGGAAAGUAACUUCCCUGGCACUCAAGGAGGAUGUCUUUGACUUUAGCCUCUUUGUUUCUAUGAGCAUAAAGCAGAUAGAAAGGGCACUCUAUUACAGCAUAGCUUGUCAAUUGUCUAUAUGUUCAACUGUUGGGGAGUUGGGAAUUGAUGAUGAUGAGGAGGCAGUUGAUAGCGUUUUCGAGGAGAUGGAUUUGGCAGCCUUGAAAAAUAAGAUUCUUUCAAGACUUUCACCGUAUAGGCUUCUCCUAAUUCUCGAUAAUGAGGGUAAAAAGUUGUCCAUCGAAGAUAACGUGAUCACAGGCCUGCUCCACUUUCUCUCAGGGAACUCUUUAAAGGUGUUAAUAACUUCUCUUAAUGAGGAUGGCAGACACAAAACUGACGGUGGUAAGAUAGUGAUGGAUUUGAAGCCCCUCAGUCCAGAAAAGUCAUUGUCUUUGUUGCAGCAAAAUGCCGGCAGCAAAGUAUUUGAGAUCACUGGUGCAAGAAGCCUAGUGGAAGAUUUUCUCAAUCGGAACAUGGAAUUAACUCCAGCUGAAGUUGUUAUUAUAGCAAAACUACUAAGUUACCAUCAGCAUGAUUCUGGAGUGCAAGGUCUAAAAUGUCUUCUGGAGGAUCUGUCAGGUUUUAAAAACAACCUUGCAAUACUGUUAACCAGCAGCAGAUAUAACAAGGUUCCAGGUGGUAUUUUGGGUGACUUUAAUUGGAUGGACAUCCAUUUCUUUCGUGAUGAAGGGGCCAUACAUUAUAGUGAGUUGAUAGCUUAUUGGGUAAUGGAAGGGUAUCUUGGAACUAUUAACUGUAUUAAUGAGGCUUAUGCUAAGGGACAUCAGAUUCUCUUGGAGCUUAUGGAUCUUCAAGUUCUCAAAGAACUUGACGCUAAUUACCUUUGUGUCGAAAAACAGAUGCUGGAUUUGAAAGAUAAACAUCAUUCUGGAUUUGGUAGAACAGAUAGUCUUGGGUUGACUAACGUGUUUGCUAAAUCUUAUGAGUGGCACGGCAUUAGAGGAGUUGUCCAUAAAGAUGGUGCAAUAAAAACACCUGGCAUACGGAGGAAAGCUGGGAAACACUUUAUCCUUUUGCUAGAUGGAAACAGUCUCAGCAGGGAAGACCUAGAGAUCUUCUUAGAGUCUGAUGAGGAGCUGAAAAUUCUAGGUCUUUUCUCUGCCAGAGUAAAAUAUUUGCCCAAAUCUCUGUCUGACAUGAAAAUGCUCAGUGUACUUGUGCUGAGGGGCUGUGAUUUUCUGGAGAAAAUUCACUGCAUUAAAGAACUUAGAAUGUUAACAGCUCUUGAAAUAUCUGAUGCUAGGUCGUUAACGGGACUUCCAGAUGACAUUUUUACUCAUCUGACCAAGCUGGAAUGCCUCAAUCUUGCUGGUCUUUCAAUAGAAGUCUUACCUAUAUCGGUUAAGGAGUUUGAGAAGAUGGCAAUUUCCAUUUUCAUCUUUCUUUUAUUAUGCCACCGUAUAAGCCCAGUUAGAUCAGAUGCAUCUAACCAUCGUUACCAACCUGGAGAACCUGUCCCUCUUUAUGCUAACAAGAUUGGCCCUUUUCACAAUCCCAGUGAAACCUACCGAUAUUUCGACCUUCCAUUUUGUAUACCAGAUCAUAUCAAAGAGAAAAAGGAAGCUCUAGGGGAGGUGUUGAAUGGAGAUAGACUCGUUAGCGGCCCUUAUUCCCUUGAUUUUCUAGUGGAUAAAGAAUCUGAUCUCCUGUGCAAAAAGAAGCUGACAAAGGAAGAAGUUUCUCAAUUUCGAAAAGCAGUUGAAAAGGACUAUUAUUUCCAGAUGUAUUACGAUGACCUGCCCAUAUGGGGUCUAAUAGGAAGGGUGGACAGAGAAGGCCGAGCAGAGAAUGAUUACAGAUAUUAUCUAUACGAACAUGUCCAUUUUGAUAUUCAGUACAAUAAAGAUCGAGUGAUUGAUAUAACUGCAAGGAUGGAUCUGCAUUCAGUUUUAGACCUGACGGAAGAUAAAGAAGUUGAUGCUGAAUUCACAUAUUCGGUAAAAUGGAAUGAAACUGAUAUUCCUUUUGAGAAGAGGAUGGAUAAAUAUGCUCAAAAUUCAUCCCUACCACAUCAUCUGGAGAUUCACUGGUUCUCAAUUGUAAACUCUUGUGUCACAGUUCUCUUGUUAACUGGUUUCCUUGCUACCAUCCUCAUGCGAAUCCUUAAGAAUGAUUUCAUCAAGUACACACAUGACGAGGAAUCUGCUGAUGACCAAGAUGAGACAGGGUGGAAGUACAUUCGUGGUGAUGUUUUUCGCUUCCCGAAGUACAAGUCUCUUUUUGCUGCAGCACUUGGCUGUGGUACACAGCUGUUUACCCUAGCAGUGUUCAUAUUUCUACUGGGACUUGUUGGUGUAUUUUACCCCUAUAAUCGAGGUGCUCUAUUCACGGCAUUGCUGGUCAUGUAUGCUCUUACUUCUGGAAUUGCUGGUUACACAUCAACCUCUUUCUAUCGUCAACUUGAAGGAAGUAAUUGGGUGAGGAAUCUGCUGUUGACAGGGAGCCUUUUCGGUGGGCCGUUAUUUCUAACUUUCUGUUUCCUUAAUUCCACUGCUAUCGCCUAUAGUGCAACUGCGGCGUUGCCAUUUGGAACAAUUAUUGUUAUAAUUCUGAUAUGGACAUUAGUCACAUCCCCAUUGCUUGUACUGGGAGGUAUUGCGGGAAAGAAUAGCGGAACUGAGUUUCAAGCUCCUUGCCGCACCACAAAGUAUCCUAGGGAAAUCCCAGAACUGCCUUGGUAUAGAUAUACCAUCCCUCAGAUGGCAAUGGCAGGAUUUUUGCCAUUUAGUGCAAUAUAUAUUGAGCUUUAUUACAUAUUCGCAAGUGUAUGGGGUCACAAGAUUUACACAAUUUACAGCAUCCUGUUCAUUGUCUUCAUCAUUCUCCUCAUUGUGACCGCUUUUGUCACUGUGGCAUUGACAUACUUCCAGCUUGCUGCUGAAGAUCAUAAUUGGUGGUGGAGGUCAUUUCUCUGUGGAGGAUCAACAGGAAUCUUCAUCUACAGUUACUGCUUGUACUACUACCAUGCCAGAUCUGACAUGUCUGGUUUCAUGCAAACCUCAUUUUUCUUUGGAUACAUGGCUUGCAUCUGUUACGGUUUCUUCCUCAUGCUCGGGGCUGUUGGUUUUCGAGCAGCUCUGGUAUUUGUUCGUCACAUUUACAGAUCCAUUAAGUGUGAGUAG